CGGUUCGCUCGUGGCGCGUCGUUUUCGUCCGUCCCGUUUCUAUCCGGUUGCCGUCAGUUCAACGUUCGUCGCCGCUCAGACGCUCAGUCGUUACUCGUCACCCCUAUCAUGACUCCGGUACCUAUAGAAAUCAUCGAUACCAAGAUACUAAAGCCGUUUAAAUACCCAAGACUUGUGCACGAAGGUUACCUAUACCAUUUUCACAAAAAAUGCAGUCGUCACCUCCGAUGGAAAUGCAAUCGUGUUUAUUCGUUUAAGUGUCCGGCGGUGCUCAAGACGAACCUGGAUUUGCUAAAUCCACGGUGUGUCGCCAUCGAUCACGAACACGUUCACGGAGACGACUCGAUCGCAGUCGAACAAUUAAAAUUAAAAUUGCGCGUACUCCAAACUUCGACCUUAAUCAAGAAAAAUAUCUGUUUUAAAUCAAAUGAUUUGGACAAAUUUGAUGAAGAAAUUCACUCACCUGAUAAUAAGCUAGUCAGAUUUUGUGCUUCUAUGAAUGAAAUUUAUAUUAUUGAUCCACUUGAUCCCGAUCAUGAAUAUGGAAAUGCUAAAUCGGAAGAAAUAAUCAAAAUUAAUAAUUCAAAAGAUACAAGUUUUAAUUUUGAAAAUUGUUCGUACACUAGAUUACAACAACAAAAUAACCAAAAACAAAUUAUAAUUGAAAAUGGCAUAACGGACAAUCAUACAAACUAUUCUUCGCUAAAAAAAUGUAUUCAAAAGCGUCGAGGAAGACCACCAAAAAAAAAAAAUAUGAUUGUCAGUGAGAAGAAGGAAAACGAUACACAAAAUAAUGAAAUUACUUUACUUACAAAUACACAUAAGGAAACAAAUAUUUUGACUACAGACACACCCAAAGAAAUAAAUAAUUUGACUACUAAUACUCGAAAAGUCAAAAAUUCUUUGAUUAAUGAUGUGCACAAAAAUAAAAAUACUUUGAGAAAUAAAAAAAAUAAAAAUACAUAUAUUUUGACUAAAAAUAAUCGCAAAGGAAAAAAAUCUUUGGUUAGUGGUAUAAAAAAUGAAAAAAAUAUAUCAACUGCUAACAGUAACACAUCCAAAAGAUCUUUAACUACAAAUAUACACACACAAAAGAAUAUUAUAACUACUCGUAAACAAAAAAAUAAAAAUUCAUUAAUCACAAAUGUUAACGGAAUAACAAUUUCUUCAAAAGUAAAAAAAUACACUUCAAAAUUUACAAACCAAAAGUCAAAUACAAAUAAAAAUUCACCUAUAAUUAUAAGUACAUCUACUAUUACAAGUACAUCUACAACUUUAACAUCUCCAAUUAAAAGUAUACCUAAAAUAGAAGGUGCGCCUACAGCUCUAAAAACUACAAUUAUAUGUACUCCUACAAUUGUAAGUACACCUACAGUUACAAGUACUCCUAUAAUUGAAAGUUUACCUACUAUAAAAAUGGCACAUACAAUUGAAAGAUGUAUGAAUAAGAGUAUUGAUUAUGAGGAUAAUAUAGUUAUUAUUAGUGACAACGAAGAUGAUGAUUCUAAUUUUAAUUUUUUUGAAGUUGAUAAUGAAGAGGUUAAUAAUAAAAUCAAUGAAAUUGAUUUAAAGGAUUAUGAUUUUAUGAUACUUACGGAUCUUAAAAAAAAUUUGCCUACAAUUGAAAGUACAUCUAGAAUUAUAAAUACUCCUACAAUUGAAAAUACAUUUACAAUUGUAAGCACACCCACAGUUGCUCCUACAAUUAAAAGUACGUCUAUAAUUACAAGUACUCCUAUAAUUGAAAGUACAUUUUCAAUUGAAAGUACACCUACAGUUACAAGUACUCCUAUAAUUAGAAGUUUACCUUCAAUAAAAAUGACAGAUACAAUUGAAAGAUAUAAUAUGAACAUCAAGAAUAUUGAUUAUGAGGAUGAUAUAAUUUUUAUUAGUGACGACGAAGAUGAUGAUUCUAUUUUAAAUUUUUUUGAAGUUAAUGAUGAUGAAGAGAAUAAUAACGAAAUUGAUGAAAUUAAUGAAAUUGAUUUAAAGGAUUAUGAAAUUAUGAUAUUCACGGAUCUUAAAAAAUAUUGGCCUACAAUUUUAAAUAAAAUGAGUGAUCCUUUGACAGGAAUUAAGGUAUUUGAAAGUAUUUUAUUAAAUAAAUUAUUAUUACGGAUGAUUCGAGGAAAUAUUAAAACUAAAAAAAAAUUAGAACAUUUAUAUACAUCUAUCAAUUAUUGGAAAACAAAGUAUGACUGUUUGUCACAUCAAAUAAAGACAUUAGUAAAUAGUACAAAAAGUGAUAAAAAUACAAGACUUAUAAAUAUUCAAGAUAAAAAUGUAAAGGACACAACAUUAUGUUCAAAUAUUGGAGUUGAUAAGCAAGCAAAUAAUAUUGAUAUAAAGAAAAAAGUUACCACAGAAUUAAAAAGUGAUAUUACACCAGACAAUUUGAAAACUUCAAAAUUAUACCAACAAUCUUUAAAGAGUAAAAACAAAUACCUAUCUGAAUCUGCUUCCGAUAUUAUGACAAGUAAAUCUGAAGAAAUAAAAACGAAUAUAUCUUCUUAUCUUCUAUGUAUUCCAAGCGAUUUAACUAUUACUGAACAAAAUAAUUUAACUCAAUCUGACUCUCUUAUUAAGAUUAAUCAAUCUAAAGAUAAUGAAUCAAAUGAACUUUUUACUCCAGUGUCUGAUGUUACAAAAGCUUUAGAAUUAAGCCCGAAAUCGUUAAAAAGAAAAAUAUCUAAUUUGAUUAAAAAUAACACGAGUAUUGAGAUAAUUAAACCUAAAUUUGUAAAUAAAUAAUAAUAACAAUUUGUUUUUUGUA